AUGCCCGGGAGCCCUCCCUCUCGGGCUCGCCGUUUCCUAAGCUACGUUUCCCCCCUCGCACCCGGUAGUGGGUUCAGCGCGCGGGCUAAACCCCUGCUGCGCAAAGGUGCCGAAAAAAACAUGUCGGAGGACGGCAACAGAUAUGUGUUUCGAGUGAAAUGCCGCACCGACAUUUUGUUUGCAGCAGUCCUCCUGGUUGGACUCCAAAGCACAGUGACUGUACCAAACAGAGAGGCAGAAAACCCUGGUUACAGGGGCGUACCAGCUGCUGCAGCUGGUGGAGUGCUGGCCUGCCAAGAGCAGUUUUUCUUUCGCCGAGGGCAGACGCCAGCGGAAAGCAGCGCGGUGCCUCCGCCGGCGGCCCGGCCGCCUCCUCCGGGGCCGCUCUCGGUUUCCGUUCGCCUCUGGAGGCGGAGGGGCUUCCUGGACGCCCUGGUUGCAGCAGGUUACACUGGACUGGCAGAAGUAAUUGAAAACUGGGACUUCAGCACUGAAAAAUUGGAGUUGCACAGAGAGCUGUUGAAGCGGAUAGAAGCAUCAGGGCUAGAAAUUGAUCCGGUAGCACUCAUACCCUACAUAAACACGUCCCUGAUAGAAAGGGAGUGUGAUGAGAUCAUGCAGGGAGUGAAGAAGACGGACCCAGACUCUUCUCAGAUGGUUCCCAGAGGCAGGACAAGAGGCAGUGGACACAAACAGAAGUACUUAAAGAACAGGAAGAACUUCUUUGCUGUAAGGGUGGUCAACUACUGGAACAGGUUGCCCAGAGAAGUUGUGGAGUCUCCACCCUUGGAAGUACUCAAAAUCCAUUUGGAUACUAUCUUUCAAAUCAACAAGAAUGAUUUUGGAACACAGAAGUAUGAACACCGGAUAGUUGCCACUCAGAAGAAUAGACUGUUGCAACUGGCAGAUAAGGAGAAAGAGAGCAGCAUUUGUAGAGACCUUUUCAUUUGCACUGAACACCUUUGGAAAUUCAACGAUGCUCUCAUCAUCAGUGAAGAUGCCCGCAUCGAAGAUGCUUUAGCCUACCUAACUGAUUUUUUCACAAAUGUCAAAAAUGGACCACAUACAGAGUUAGAGAAGCAACUGACAGCCAAAUUUCAAGAGAAAAAGCCAGAACUGACUGCCCUUUCAAAAGAUGAGUCAAAUGAGAAUCCCAAGGUGGAAGAGCUUGCUUGCAUCCUGGAUGAAGCACUCCGCUAUAACCUACAGACUCGCACUCUUCUCUUCGCUGAGACAAGAGCCUUAGUAGCGGCUUUGAAGAGGUGGAUAGAAGCAAGCCCUCUACUUAGCUACAUAAAGCCAGUUGUGUUGAUGGGUUGUGGAAGAAGAGAUCAAAAAACAGGUAUGACCCUCCCAAUGCAGAAGGGUGUACUGGAUGCAUUCAAAACCGACAAAGACAGCAGACUGCUAAUUGCUACAUCUGUUGGUGAUGAAGGCAUUGAUAUUUCUGAGUGCAACCUUGUUGUGCUCUAUGAAUACUUCCAUAAUGUCACCAAAAUGAUCCAAGUCAGAGGUCACGGAAGGGCAAGAGGCAGCAAGUGCAUCCUUGUGACAAGCAAAACAGGAGUGGUUGAGAAUGAGAAACACAACUGUUACAAGGAAGAAAUGAUGAAUGAAGCUAUUGAAAAGCUACAGAAUUAGGCUGAAACAACAUUUGCAAGAAAGAUACAUGACCUGCAAAUGAAGGAAAAGGUAUUAUGAGAUUCCAGGAAGAAAGAAAGAAGACCUAAGGUAGUGCAAGGGAACAAAAAUCUUCUGUGUGGAAAAUGCAAAGCAUAUGCCUGCAGUACAGAUGACAUCAGAGUUAUAAAGGAACGUCAUCACACUGCGCUAGGAGACAUGUUCAAGGAGCGUUACAUGACAAAGACUCACCAGAAACCAGUCCAGUCUGAUUGUUUUGAGAAAAAAAGCAAGAUGCAUUGCCAAAAUACUAAUUGCCAGCAUGACUGGGGAAUCACAGUGGAGUACAAGACAUUUGGUAAUCUACCAGUGAUCAAAAUCAAAAGCUUUGUAGUAGAGAAUGUUGAAACUGGGACACAAAUGGAUUUUCAGAAAUGGAAAAAUAUUAAUUUUUCUUUGAAGAAUUUUGAUGUUGAAGAAAUGUCCAGCCGAACUCAGCAUUUUAGUGCAUGCAUCACCCUACUGCACUAA